UUAGAUUUCUUCUAUCAAAGUGGCCAAAUUAAAGGUGUUUGGUGCCUUCGUUUCAUUUUCAGUGGCAUGACAAAGUUAUAUUGUUUUAGAAGGAAAAUCAGAGAGUGAAGUUUACAGAUGGAAGAAAUGAAGUCAGUAAAGACAGAAAUUCGAAGGGGAGCAAGUUCAUCAAUUGAAAUUCAACAUCAAUGUACACACGUGGUAACUGAAAUUCAAGAAAUGUUAAAACGUUUGGAGCCCCCCUUAUCACUUGAGAGUUGCAUCUAUAGGGUUCCUGAUUAUCUUCGCAAAUUGAAGGAAGAACACUACACUCCUCAGGUUAUUUCAAUAGGGCCCUUUCACCAUGAUGCCAAUGACAAAUUGCAUACCAUGGAACAACGCAAAUUGAGAUACCUCAAGUAUUUCAUUGAACGUGUUGAGAAUUUUGAUAUAAGCUUGGAGGAUUUAGUGAGGAUUAUAAAGGAGAACGAAGAAAGCAUUCGAUGUUGUUAUGCUGAGACCAUCCACCUUGACAGUGAUCAUUUUGUAAAGAUUAUUACAAUGGAUGCCAUCUUCAUUCUUGAGUUGUUCUGGAGAGACUACUUCAAUGAUUGGACGAGUGAAGACAAUGGUGCAGGUAUAGAAACAUGGUUGACGAGUGCUAUAAGGUUUGACUUGAUUUUACUUGAAAAUCAAAUUCCAUUCUUUAUUUUGGAGAAACUAUUUGACCAUGCCUUUGCCUCUCACCCAAGCUACUCCAGGUCCUUAAUUCAAGUCAUGACAUUUUACUACUUUGAUUAUUACAACACUCAACGCAAAAGUUAUAGUCCCCAUUUGAAAAUGAAACACUUUCUCGAUUUGCUUAGAACCUUUUGGCUACCUCCAUCCGAAAGGAUACCAAAAAGAGGCAAUGACGUAAUUAAACAUUUGCAUUCUGCAACCCAAUUGCAUGAGGCGGGAUUGUCGUUUAAGAAAGAUUCAAGCAGUUGCUUAUUAGAUAUAAAAUUCACAAAGGGAGCCUUGAGAAUGCCACCUUUAACAUUAGACAAUUCAAGUGAAAUUAUUAUCCGAAACCUUUUGGCUUUGGAGCAAUGUCAUUAUCCAGAUAAAGCAUACAUUACCGAUUAUUUUAUCCUAUUUGGUUUCCUUAUUAACACUAACAAAGAUGUGAAUUUACUUGUUCGAAAGGGGGUCAUGCUUAAUUUGCUAGGCAACAGCGAUGAAGCUAGAAAUUUGGCGAACAGUCUUGUCGAGAAUGUGAUAUAUGUCAACAUGAACUCCGAUUUUUAUCGAGUCUGCAAAGAGUUGGUGACGUUCUAUGAGAAACCUUGGAAUAGGUGGCAGGCAACUUUGAGACGUGAUUAUUUUAGUAGUCCUUGGAGUAUUGCUUCUACAGUUGUUGCUUUCAUCUUCUUGGUGCUUACUUUACUACAAACUAUAUAUACAAUAAAAGGGUAAAACAAUAG